GUCCGAUUCCUCGACCUCGUGAAGCCAUUCACACCCCUCAUCCCCGAAGUGCAAGUCCCAGAGACCAAAGUCGCCUUCAAUCAAAGGAUAAUAUGGACGAGUGUCACAUUAGUCAUUUUCUUGGUCAUGAGCCAGAUGCCGUUGUACGGCAUUGUCUCCUCUGACACUUCCGACCCACUGUACUGGCUUCGUAUGAUGAUGGCCAGUAAUCGUGGAACACUUAUGGAGUUGGGUAUCACGCCCAUUAUCUCGUCUGGCAUGGUCUUCCAGCUCCUUGCUGGUACCCACCUCAUCGAUGUCAACCUCGACCUGAAAUCCGACCGCGAACUCUACCAGACCGCGCAAAAGCUUCUCGCCAUCAUCCUCUCCUUCGGUCAGGCCUGUGUGUACGUGCUCACUGGUCUCUACGGUCGUCCCGUCGACCUUGGUGCUGGUAUCUGCGUCCUCCUUGUCGUCCAGCUCCUCACCGCUGCCCUCAUCGUCAUUCUCCUUGACGAGCUGCUCCAAAAGGGCUACGGUCUUGGCAGUGGUAUCUCCCUCUUCAUUGCGACCAACAUCUGCGAGUCCAUCGUGUGGAGAGCUUUCUCGCCAACGACUGUCAAUACUGGUCGUGGCCCAGAGUUCGAGGGCGCCAUCAUUGCUCUGGUCCACCUCCUGAUCACCUGGCCAAACAAGCAACUGGCACUUCGUGAGGCCUUCUACCGCCAGAACUUGCCCAACAUCAUGAGCUUGCUGUCCACCAUCCUGGUCUUCAGCGCAGUCAUCUAUCUCCAGGGAUUCCGAGUCGAGAUUCCAGUCAAGUCUUCCCGCCAGCGUGGCAUGCGCGGCUCAUACCCAGUCCGCCUCUUCUACACUUCGAACAUGCCAAUCAUGCUCCAGUCUGCUCUCUCCUCCAAUAUUUUCUUGGUCUCGCAGAUGCUCUACAACAAGCUUCCAGAGAACCUGCUCGUCAAGCUCCUCGGUGUUUGGGAGGCUCGCGAAGGCACUGCUCAAGUCGUUCCAGCUAGUGGACUUGUCUACUACAUGAGCCCCCCUCUCAACCUUACCGAUGCUCUCUUGGACCCUAUCCAUACUGCUGUGUUCACUGUCUACAUGCUGGUUGCCUGUGCUGCCUUCAGCAAGACCUGGAUCGAGGUCUCUGGAUCCAGCCCACGCGAUGUUGCUAAGCAGUUGAAGGAGCAGGGUCUAGUGAUGGCUGGUCACCGUGACGAGAGCAUGUACCGUGAGCUCAAGCGUGUCAUUCCAACUGCCGCUGCUUUCGGUGGAGCUUGCAUUGGUGCCUUGUCUAUCGUCAGCGAUCUCAUGGGCGCUCUCGGAAGCGGUACUGGUAUCCUCAUGGCUGUCACCAUCAUUUACUCGUACUUCGAGAUCGCAGCCAAGGAGGGUGACAUGGCCGGUCUUAAGGGUAUGGUGAUGGGCUAG